CCAUGCAUCUUAGCUGGUAGAUCGGUCUUGGCAGGGAGAGAUGAAAGAUGGAUACUGGCUGGGGCAGGAUAACCCUGGUGUCUACCUUGAAGAGAGACAAGCUCUGAAUGAGGACUACACAAAUUCAGGCUUUGACUGUGGUCACCUCAACCCCAACGGACACCAUGCAGUCCCUAGUCGCAACGCCACUUUCAUCCUCACCAAUGUGGUUCCUCAGAACCCCAAGCUGAACAAGAAUGCCUGGAGGAUCCACGAGUCCCAGCUCACCGAGCUUCAUGUGGCUUUAGGAUGGUUUCUGGAGAAGUGCCCUAAGGCCUACGUGCUGGUCGGUGCCAUUCCUUCUGCAGACAGCUGGAUUGUUAAAAACAAUGUUAAGCGUGUCAACAUCCCAGACUACCUGUGGAAUGCCUACUGCUGUGUGGACAACAACGACAGACCCAUUCAGAGCAGCGCUGCCAGAGCAAAAAACACAGAGAACAACUUGGCAGCAGUUUAUCGCACAGCCAGUGGGAGAGUUGUUUUACAACAAUUGCAGAUAUAAAAGCAAUGAUGACAGUAAAGGAAGGCGAGAAGGUUGUGCAGUCUACAGUACUGUAAUGUACACACUCGGCCCAAGCGAGAGCCCGUGGUGAAGACAGAGCAACAACAGCAGUCUUAAACCUGUAAUUAAACUGUAAAUGCUGUCAUACAGUGAAUAACCUGGAAAUUGGUGAUUAAACUGACUCUCAGGAGGUGUUAUAUUAGCUACAUUUUAAGCUGACAUAAUAAAAUGUUACAUAUAAACCUACAGCUUAGACUCGCAAAGUAAAGUUUAGAUUGAAAACCAUUAUGAGAAAGGCCAAGCAAAGCUUAACAUUUUUUAUUUAAAGACAUUUAAAAUGCUUCUUCAGCGCACAGCAGCAGCUGAGGAUAGAUAGACUUGAAUAACAAGCAGCAUCUCCAGCCUUAUGUUUCAAUGUUUUUUUCAAGACAUGCUUGUAAUUAAUAAUUUCCUAGAAUAUUUGAAGUGAUCAAUGAAAAUGACUAAGCCACUUCUAGACUCAUCGAGGCUCUCACCUUUUAUUUGGACUGAGAAACUGUAAUCUUGUCCCUCUUUUACUUCUUACCUGCAGUCCCUAGCUUCAACACCACCCAGACGAAUGUGGUUCCUCAGAAUCCCAAGCUGAACCAGAAUGCCUGGAGGAUCCACGAGUCCCAGCUCACUGAGCUUCAUGUGGCUUUAGGACCACCCACAUGUUCCAAUACUGAGUUUCCAGUUCCAGUCAGGUCAGGGAUGACCCUCUGUUUGGGAGACUGCACUCAUUUAAAAAAAAGAAAAAACUAUGACAAAAAAGAAGAGGAAAUAAUGAUACAAUCACAGACUUAUGAGUGAUUCAAACUGCCUGAGCCCAGCUGAGGCUCAGCAACUCUUCAUAUACAUACUGUUAGGUACAUAUGUUUUUCAACACUGACACAAGUUUUUUUUUUUUUUUUUUUUUUUUACCUGUUUACUGAAACAUAUGCCAAUUAUAGUUAUAUAAUGGUCAUGGACAUGAUAUGUAGACUCUCAGGUUCCACAUUCAAAUUGGAUGAAGUGCUUAAGUGUUUUAGCUCCUUAACAUGUGCCACCCUAUUUUUGAAGGGAACAAUAGUUGAACAAUUGACUCAAAUGCAGGUGUGGGCAGUUCCUUCAUUAUGUCAUUAUCAGUUAAGCAGACAAAAGGCCUGUCGCUGAUUUUAAGUGUGGUGCUUGCAUUUGGAAGAGUUUACUGUGAACAGACAACAUGCGGUCAAAGGAGCUCUCCAUGCAGAAAAACAAGCCAUCCUUAAGUUGCAAAGAAAAGCCAGCACAGUUUAGGAAAAAGAUUCUUUGGACAGAUGAAAUCAAGAUUAUCAUCUACCAGAAGGAUGGCAGAGGCAGUGUGAUGGCUCGGUCAUGACUGGCUGCCAGUGGGACUGGGACACUAGUGUUUAUUGAUGAUGUGACACAGGACUGAAGCAGCCGAAUGAAGUCUGAGGUGUCCAGAGACAUAUGUCUGCUCAGCUAAAUGCAGUCAAAUUGAUUGGGUGCUGUUUUACUAUAUAGAUGGACAAUGACAAAAAUAUGCAUUCAAAGGAAGUCAGGAGUUUAAUAAAUCAAAGCCACUGCAGUAAAGGCCUGACAGAGCAUUAAAAAGGAGGAAACCCAGCAUCUGGUGAUGUCCAUGAGUUCAAGACUUCAGGCUGUCAUUGCCAGCAAAGCAUUUUCAACCAAGUAUUAGAAAUGAACAUUUUAUUUUCAGUUCUUUAAUUUGUCCAAUUACUUUUGAGUCCCUGAAAUGAAGGGAUUG